UUGUGUAUGCAGGCUCGACCAAGCAAAUACCAGUAAGUGAGACUUUGCCGGUAUUUUGCAAUGCCGAGUGUGCCUUACAAGUGACAUGUGAGAAACUUUGGCAGUGGGAGUAUGUUCAAGACAGAGACAGCUUUCAGUGUUAAUGCACCUUGUUUUCACCCUCACUCUUAUUUCAUUUACUGUAAAUGCUUGGAUGCAUGGUUGAUUAUGUCAUUGGGCUUGAUGCUUGAUGCUGCACAGUACAAAACUAGUUUGAAAAGCAAGGAUAAGAGGAGGCAGACACCUGCAGCAGCAUCCUCCUCCCACUACUGCUGCGACAUCUGGCAGACGAGGCAGAGAGGCAGAGGAGACACACAGAGAAGCAGCACUGCUGUUGUACACAUCAACUAGAAGAGAAGGAUCAGCACACUGGCUGCACCACUUUGGCACCGGACAGGAAUUCAGUGUAGCUGCAGGUGUGACCACAAAUGGAGCAUGGGAAUAUGACAGACAUCGUAGAGAGCAACUCUACUGAAUGCCAGAUGUCGUCCAUUGAUGACUUCCGUAACCAGGUUUACUCCACAUCUUACUCCCUCAUCACUGUGUUAGGCCUGGUUGGGAAUGGCUUCGCCCUGGCAGUGUUGAUCAGAACCUACCGCCAAAGCUCGCCCUUUCAUGUCUAUAUGGUGAACUUGGCGGUGUCUGAUAUACUGUGUGUCAUGACGCUGCCACUCCGAGUUCUCUACUAUGUCAACAAGGGCCAGUGGUACCAAGGGGAUUUCCUCUGUCGCAUCAGCUCCUACGCCCUGUAUGUAAAUCUCUAUUGUAGUAUUUACUUCAUGGCUGCCAUGUCCAUCACACGUUUCUUAGCCAUUGUCUUCCCAGUGCAGAACAUGCGCUUGGUGACGGAGAACCGUGCUCGUCUGGUGUGUGUGGGUAUCUGGGUGUUUAUCUGUCUUUCAUCCUCACCCUUCCUGAUGUCUGGCCAGCAUAUUGACGAAAAGACAAAUAAAACCAAGUGCUUUGAGCCUCCACAAAAUGGUAAAAGUGUGAAGAAACUAGUCGUGCUGAACUAUUUGUCUCUGGUGCUGGGCUUUGUCCUGCCCUUCCUGGUCAUCCUGCUCUGCUAUGCUGGCAUAGUCCGCGCCCUUCUGUCCCGCACCAGCGCUGCCCGACGCCAGCGGGACACGGGCACCAAAGCCAUCCGAAUGAUUGUCAUCGUCCUGCUGACCUUCCUAAUCAGCUUCAUGCCAUACCAUAUACAGCGCACCAUCCACCUGAGCUUCCUGUCCCGAAAUGACACUACCUGCUCAGAGCGCAUUGCCAUGCAGAAGUCUGUUGUGGUGACACUGUGUCUGGCUGCUGCCAAUUCAUGCUUUGAUCCACUGCUUUAUUUUUUCUCUGGAGAGGGUUUCCGCAAUCGCUUGUCCUCCCUGCGCCGGUCAGUGACUGGCAGCACCCUGCAUCGUACAGCCAGGCUAAAGCCCAUCGAAGGCUCAAAGCCUGGGGAAAACCAGCAGCUGAAGGCCAGUUAAUUUACACUAGCAGGAGGGUCAUCAAACAAGCAAAGCUCUGGAUUGCUUGUGCCCUCAUUAACAAACAGAGAAAGAGUUGAGAGAAACAUAAAGAAGAAGAUGAAAGGCGGAAUAAAUGAGGGCUGGUUUACUCAUGAAGAGAGUAUUUAAAUCAGGGGUCUCAAAUUCAAAAACUCAUUGCUCUGGGCCACUGUUGGUAUUGUUGUGUCAUAGGAGGGAAACAUUUGAACGCUCAAGUACAGGGAGGGAAAAAAAUGCAAACAGCCUAUUCUAUACAUUUUAUAUUGUUUUAUAUCAUCUAUGUUGUUAACAGAUGAAGGAUCAAAAUCUGCUCUCUUCUUUCUUCUUCUUCGUUAAACUAUAAUUGUAUUUUUAUUUUAUAUGAAUUGAUAGUUUAAAUUGCUAUGAAACAACUAGAAAAUAUAGUAAUAAAAAAUAAUCUUGUGGGCCUUUUGACAUCAUGUUGCAGGCCAGAGGGAGGGGGAUGGCUGGCAGUUUGAGACCCCUGAUUUGAACAUUUAAGCUGCAAGUCUCAGGAGUAGGUUUUCAAUUAAAAUUAUAUUUAUUAUUCUGAUAUGUGCAUAUUGUUCAAUAUUUAAGUAAUGUUGUUCUGCAUUGUUAUUAAGACUGUAAUUUGUAACCUAUUAUGUCCCAAAAGUUACUCAAACUGUUGACUUACAAAUAUAAAUACACAGUGUACCAAUAUAUGAAUGCAUUGUAGAUAAUGUUGUAAAAUGUUUUUUUAUCUAGAUUUUCUUCAAGAACCUUGACUCUUGUAUCGCACAACCUACAUAUGUUUAUCAAGAAGGGCUGAACUCUGCUAAAUACUGUAGACCAAGUUGCCCACACGUUUUCCCUUGAAGGCCCAAAACUGAAACUUAAAAAUUGGCUCCGGGCCAAAAGAAACAGCUAUCAUUUGCAGUUUGUUGUUUACUGACUCCCUGUGCAAAGUGUCAGUCUGCUGGCCGAUCAGAUCAUAAAAACAAAUUAUGGAUCAUACAUAUUUUAAAAGCAUUUUUACCUCAUCGCAAAAUCAUCUGUUUUUAUUAAUAUUUUAAAUUAAUAUUUAGUUACCUUUAACUAGAAGGAUUUGUCAAGCCAAACUGAACCUUAUGGUGGGAAACAUUUUGCCCAAGGCUCCACUUUGGGCAGCUCUGCUGUAGACCUUUACUUUUCUUGACUAUUAUUCUUCUCCUUAUUUUUCUAUCACUCUUAUAUUUAGCAUUGUUGUGGCAAGGUUAAUGUUGUAACGGCCAUAAUCUUUUUUAUUAUUUGUAACUAUUUUUUUAUUGUUUUUAUUAUUUUCUAUCCUUAAUGAAAUAACCUCUACUCCAUUUGGAUUCAUAUUUGUUUUUUGUGCUAUUGAAUGUUAUUAUUACUGUUUAAAAAAAAAAAAAUUAAAUAAAUAAUAAUGAUUGUUUACUUUUUUUUACUUUUACCAUCUUUAAGAUAGACUUCCCAUUUUUUCUGCGUUGUAGUCUGUUUUGAGUUUCAAAACAAGCACAAUGAGCUGGAAUAACAUUUUGAGAUUUUAUAACUUUAAAGUUUGACAUUUUUCAAAAUAUGCUUAUUUCCUUUUUGCUAAGAUUUUUAUGAGAAGAUUAAUACCACUCUGAUAUUUGUACGUGUAAAUAUGAAUGUAUAGCGGGCCAAUAGUUAGCUUAGCUUAGCACAAAGACUGUAAACAAAGGUAAACAACUAGCCUGGCUUUGUCUAAACUUUACAAAAUGCGAGGACUUCUUCAGCUCACUAAUAAACACAAAUCAUAUAUUUUUAAUACAAUUUGUUUCUAGUCCUUAUGUUAAGCUAAGAUAAUCGGCUGCUUGCUGUUGAUUCAUAUUUUUGGUCUACUACUACUCAUCCAUCUCUUCUUAUCUACAACAAGAAAAAAUAUUUAGCAAAACGUGAAACUAUUCCUUUAAACACGUGCAAAAUAUGAUGAUGUAUUCCUGUUGUAUGCAAACUAUAUUUCAUGUCAUCUAUGAUAACUGCAUUAAUAAAUCAUCCAAUACGUCA